AUGCAGUGCCUUGAUAUUCUGUCGUUUAUAAUAUACCAUACUUUAAUUCAACUUUGGUUCUCAAACGAAAGAGGAAAUGAAGAUGUAGUAAACGGAAACCUGAAGUUGAUUCUGGGAUUAUUAUGGCAUCUCAUACUACGAUACCAGAUAAGUUCCAGUAAAACAAAGGUACCACCCAAAAAGUUAAUGUUAGCUUGGUUCCAUUCAAUACUUCCAGAUUUUAACAUUGCUAACUUCUCUACAGAUUGGUCGGACGGUAUAGCUUUACAUGCUCUUUUAGAUAUGUGUAGACCAGGAUUAUCGCCAAAUUGGAGAAAUCUUCUCCGCAAAAACAGAGUUGAAAAUUGUCGAACAGCGAUGACAACUGCUAAAGAUCAGCUGAAUAUACCAAUGAUGAUCAGUCCUGAGGAUUUUGCCAGUGCUGCUUUGGAUGAGAUGUCAGCCAUGACUUACUUGUCGUACUUCAUAAAACGAGACUCACCUGGUUACUAUUCAACAUUAAACUGGGUUUGUCGUCAAUUAAAAACUACCACCGUCAGUAAUCUUUCAACUGAUUGGAAUGAUGGGUACUAUCUGUGUGGUAUUGUUCAAUCUAUUGGUGGUAACAUACCAAAUUGGCCAGAUAUAGAUCGAAAUGAUUAUAUAGCAAACUGUAAGAUGGGAAUGGAAGAAGCUAAAAGACUUGGAAUAGAUCCUAUACUGACACCAGAAGAAAUGGCCGACCCUAGUGUGGACCAUCUGACAAUCAUGGCAUAUCUUAGCAAAUUUCAAAAUUUCAAACCGGCUGAGCCCAGAGUUGAAGUGGAAAAUAUUACUUUAAAGGCCGAUUUCAAAAAGGUUUAUCAGGGAAAAGUGCAAGUAUUCACAGUAGAAAUACCCAAUGAUUUGGUAGAAAGGUCGAAUGUAAAAGUAGAAGUAAAAAGUAGUUCAAGAAAUGUUAUUUGUAAUCCAGCAUGGAAAGGAAAUAAAGGAGAAUACAUCUUUACACCUAAGGAAUCAGGCAAACACACGAUUCACGUAUAUUAUAAUGAUCAAGAAGUGCCAAGAAGUCCACAAGAUUUUAUGGUAGAGCUAGAUUUAUCCAGUAUUUCAAUAGCCAGCUCUGGUCUUUAUUCCAAACUUGACGGACAAUGGCAAGUCAAGGUUGAUGUAUCUAAAGCAGGAAAUUCUGUUGUAACUAUGAUAUCAACUAAUCCUGUUGGUAAAACAGAAGAUGUACCUAUUAUUAGGACUGAUAAUAUAAUAACAGGUUCAAUCAGACCCCGUAUUUCAGGGCAAUGGACAGUAAGAACAUAUGUCGAUGGUCACAAUACCAAUAAAGAUGUUAAAUUUGACGUUUUUAAUCCAAAUUCAUGUUCGUUAACUGGGCCAGAUCAUUUGUUAGUGGGAGAAACGGGUAAAUUUUAUGCAGAUAGCACUGAAACUACGAACUACGAGGUAGAUCUACAGUUAUAUGACAGCAACAAUCAACCUAUCAGUGACUUUGACUGUAACACAGUUAAUCAUCGAACGCAACUGACCUUUAGACCAUUAAAGAUGGGAAGAUAUAAAAUAGUUGGAGAAAUUUGUGGUGAACCCAUAAAAGGAAGUCCACUGUACGUAGAAAUAAAUGACAGCAGCCAAAUUGUUGCCUCUGGUGAUGGUCUAUAUAGAGCUGCGAAAGGCGAGAAAGCAACCUUUACCGUGAAUACAAAGAAAUUGAAAGGAAACAUUAUAGUUGCGAUAACAGUUAACAAUAGAAAUAUAGAUGUUGGUAAAAGAGAACUAUAUGAAGGUUAUUAUGAAUAUGAAUAUACACCCGUAACACAUGGUGAAUACAACAUUACUAUUACCUUUGGUGGUUUACCGGUAAAAGGCAGUCCUUUUAGUGUUCAGGUUACAGACCACUCCUCUGUAGUGUUACUCACAGAUUUAUCACAAUUAAGAGAUGAAAAUGGUUUUAUGGUUUUAGAUUUUAAGAAAGACACUGUUUUAAAGCUAGAUGUCUCUAAUGCUGGACCUGGUCGGAUCAAAUCAGAAAUAUUGGGUCCUACUGGCGGCCAUUAUAUACAUCUGUAUUGGAGUGAUGUACCAUUAGCUUGUUCUCCAAUACGGGGAUACUGUGAUGGUCCUGUAUUACCUGUCGAUGCUUCUAAAGUGUGUGUUUCUGGUGAAGGCUGUGAACGAGCCAGAAAGGACGUCACGGCACAGUUCACAGUAGAUGGAAGACUGGCUGGUCCAGGAACAUGUCGAGUAGAAUUAAAGGGUGUUAAAAAUGACAUUAAUGUAAAUAUAGAUGAUAUUAAAUACAAUAGAUAUAGAUGUUCUUACUUAUCGCAUAAUACAGGUGGGUACUUACUGUAUGUCUACUGGUCGAAUAAACUGAUACAUAACUGUCCAAUGAAGGUAUCUAUAGGAGAUAAAGGGGCAGCAGCGAAAGUAAACCUUUAUGGUGACGGUUUACAAGGUGGUAUUGCUGGUGAAGAAAUGAUGUUUAUUGUUGACGCUCAAGAUGCAGGGGCAGGGGAGGUUACGGCCAACUGCAGAAGUCAACACCACAGUGCCCAAUGUGACGUAAAAGACGAAGAAAAUGGUAGGUUCAAAAUUUGGGUCCGACCACCUGAGCCUGGUAAAUACCUACUUAUUGUAACAUUUGAUGGUACAGAUAUCCCAGGGAGUCCAUUUGUCAUUAGAGUUGGUGAGCCUCCUGAUGCCAGUAAAGUGAAAGCGUUUGGUCCUGGUAUAGAAAAUGGUUUAAUUUAUAAUUAUCAAAGUAGAUUUCUGGUGGAAACCCACGGUGCCGGUGCUGGAAAGUUAGCUGUUAGAAUAAAAGGACCUAAAGCUGCUUUUAAAGCGGAGAUGUUGAGAGAAGGGAAGAAUGAUAGAACUAUUUUGUGUCAUUAUGAUCCAACAGAGCCAGGCAAAUACACCAUCUCAAUUUACUGGUCCGGACAAGAAAUUCCUGGCAGUCCAUUUAAAUCUUUGAUCUUUGAAUCCAGAGAUGAGCUCGACGAUUUUCAGAGACAAAACGGAGAUGCUAUCAUAGAAAAUGAUCAAUGGAGGCAUGAAAUUUAA